AUGUCUUCAUCAGACCUCUUGCUGGGCCUUAUAGCCUUUAUCUUCCCACCUAUUGCGGUCUGGGUCAAACGCGGCAUCUGCUCGGCUGAUUCCCUCAUAAACAUCUGCCUCUGCGUCCUAGGCGGAAUACCCGGCCUCCUACACGCCUGGUACAUAAUCGCCAAAUAUCCCGAAAACGACCAUGUCGGUGUUGCCGAUCCAGAAGCUACGCCAGUAACCUAUGUCGUGAUUCAUGACCCUCACGGCCAGAAUCGUGUUGGAAAUCCCACCACUCGUCAGGUCAAUGUCGGAUAUGCGACAAUGUCACCCGCGGGAAUACAAUCAAAUUUAAUGGCGGCAAAUCACCAGCAAAGUCCAAUAGGUGGAAAUGGGGGUCAUGUACCUCCUACAUACUCUGAGGCUAUAAAAGGAGAUCAUAAGAUUCAGACUUGA